CUAAAUACCAAAUUUAACUUUGAAUGUAUCCCAAACGGAACUUCUUGUGAGGAAACAGAAUCUUGUGCGUAAAACAUUUCUAACAUGUUGAAACUGCUGGCAAUAUGAGUCUGGUAUGUCCGUGAUCUGGUCUAUUUGACCUUUCAUCAUUAGACCAGACCAUACAUUUUACUUUUAUUAAAUUUGUUUGGCUGAAUGCGCAAUUAUUAUUUCACAUUAAGUAGCUUUCUGAAAUUUCCUUCUGUUUCAUACUAUUGUAGGCACUUCUGGUCUCGGGUGCCAGUCAUGCUCAGCUUGGGAACCAGGUCUUGCGUAUCUCGACUCUGCUCAGCACUUCAAAGACAGGCAAAAACUUCCCAUUGAAUCUCCGGUCCGAGCUUCCAAUUCUGGCCCAUAAGAACAAUCAAAUUUGUCUCUCCACAUUUGUUUUAUGAAUCCACGAUCCCUUGAGGUCUAUUGUGAGUGCAGCAGUUUGUGAAUAUAGAUAUGGUCAUGGUAUACGGGUGACCCUGAUGGUGAAAUUAGCGGUUGUUACUCGUUCCGUCAGGCGGUAAACUUCUAUUGGAGCUAAACCGUGUGCUGCGACUUGGAGGUUUCUUCGUCUGGUCUGCUACUCCUGUUUACCAGAAACUUUCUGAAGAUGUUGAGAUAUGGAAUGGUAGAUGAUUCUCCAGGUAUUCUUCUACUCCUGAAGUCAAUAUACUGGGAGAUUGUCUCAAUAACUAAGGAUAGAGUGAAUCAAGUGGGAAUAGCUAUAUUUCAGAAGCCAGCAUCAAAUGAAUGCUAUGAGAAAAGAUCUCAAAAUGAGCAUCCUGUCUGCCAAGUGUCUGAUGAUCCAAAUGCUGCCUGGUACGUACCAUUGCAAGCAUAUGUUUGCACAAGGUCCCUGUUUAUGCAUCAGAAAGGGGGUCUCAAUGGCCAGAACAAUGGCCAUUAAGAUUGGAAAAACCACCUUACUGGUUGUUGAGUUCCCAGGUUGGAGUUUAUGGCAGGCAGCUCCGGAGCAUUUCUCAGCCGACCAUGAGCACUGCAAGCGAGUGGUGAAUAAGUCAUCUCAAUGGGUUGGGGAUAAGCUGAUACACUGUAAGGAAUCUCAUGGACAUGAAAGCUAUCUGUGGAGGAUUUGCAGCUGCCCUGAAGGAGUUGAAUGUGUGGGUCAGUUGAAAUGAUUCAGAAGUUAACCACUCCGAAAAAAUGGGUCCUCAUCCUAAAGGCAUCCAUGUACACGUAUGGAGCAGUUACCCAAUGCGUCUUCAAUGUCCACUCUGUCUACGACACAAUUCUUGAUCAACAAACACCCUGAAGAAGUGUGGAACGAAGGCACUCUCAACAGUAGUCUUUUGUAGCCAUGUCUACUAUUCUAGCUAGAAGCCUUUCUAAAAACUCGAGACAAAUCUUUUGAUUCAUGUUGUUUGUCAUGAAGAUGUAUGAAACUCCCUUUUGUGUAAUUAGCUUUGCCGUGACUUCAAAGUAUUGCAUAUGAAGUUAAUCAGCUGGAAGCUGUAUCAAUUUCUUCAAAGGCCUUGCGUAUGAGCAUGUGAAUUUCAUUUUUUCUGAUCCAUUGUAUGUUCAGUUACAUGAAUUUCUGUACUUUGAUAUAAUGAAAUUGAGUUUGUAAA